UCACACUUGUGGACAUUUUUUUUCUCACCUUUGUCUUUUUUUUUUUUGUUCAUUCCUCAUUUUCUGUCAGGAUGAAGUCAUACUCUUUCCCCUUGUUUUUUCUUCUCAUCGUUUGCUCUGAAUCGGGGAGUCCACCAGAAAAAGAGCAGGCAUCUGCCUUAGAACAGCCUAAACAGGACAAGCAGAAAACAAAGCUUCCAGUGCCAACCCCCACUCCAGUGGUCACAACACCUGCCUCAAAAACCACUGAAGCACCAAAAACAGAUGAGUUUUUGGGCCCACAAGAAUGUCUGGACAAAAAAUUGACUCGAGCAUCAUGUGACCUGAUGUUUUGCCCUCCAUGGCAGCGAUGCGUUCAAGGACACUGUUCCUGCAAACCUCCCUACUUGUGUCCCACUGAAGGUGUGGAACCAGUUUGUGGGACAAACCACAGGAGUUACACAUCUUAUUGCCAGGUAAUGGCAGUUUCGUGCCGCACAACGAAGCCCCUAUUUUCCCACUUUGGAAAAGAGUGCAAAGAGAACAUUCCUAAGUUCCAAAGUUCCCUGGACAGUACUACAGGAGUAAUCAAGAUCUUCCUUCCUGAUGGCAAAGGAGGUGGCGAGAACUUACUAGUGUGUCAGGAGUUGUGGGAUGUGGCAGCUGCUAAUGUUGCCUGCAAGGAGCACAAAUAUUCACUAGGGGCAGCAUCUGUAGACUUUGUGGACUACAACUUCCUUGUGAACAACACUGAUAACAAAGACCUCCCUAACAACUGUGUCAACAUCCAUUGCCAAGGCUAUGAGACCUCUUUGGCUGAGUGUGAAAUCUACAAUAAGGUGAAUUCUUCGGGCAGAAGUGUGGCGGCAGCAACCUGUUACAAAGACCCACCUGAAGAAUGUGGCUUCACCUGUGCAAACCAGAAAUGCAUCUCCCUCAACCAGACAUGUGACGGAGUGGAUGACUGCGGCGACCGCAGUGAUGAGAUGUGCUGCAAAAAAUGCAGGAAUGGGGCUUUCCGCUGCAAGACAGGGAUUUGUUUGCACAAAGAAGCAGUUGGUGACAAACAGAUUGACUGUCUUGAUGGUGCAGAUGAAUCACAGAAACAUUUGACUGCAUUCAGUCAAGUUUCAAGCAAUCAUGUUAGAGUCGAGUUGCAACUUAAGACAAGCCUACGCUCAGGUGCAGCAGCGUCAGAUAGAGCAACCUCACAACAAAGCCCCUCAGAGUAUAUCUCUCGUAAAAAUGAAACCCGAGCCAACAGAGAGCAUCUGGAGGCCAAGCUCUUCUGUGGGAUCCCCAACAGAGACAUAGUGGACGACACAGAAACGGAUGUGCGAGGACGGACCAGCCGUAGGAAGAGAGUGGUGGGAGGAAUCCCGGCGAAUCCGACUCAGAUCCAGUGGCAGGUGGCUCUGGAGGAGAACCGGAGGAUUGACUGUGGAGGAGCUUACAUCGGAGGCUGCUGGGUCCUCACAGCUGCUCACUGUGUCAGGCAGAAUCCCUCCGCAUUUAAAGUCAAGUUUUCUCUGUGGAAGAAAUUUAGAGCUCAAGGAACGACGGACAUUGUUCCUGUGGAGGAUAUCCGCAUCCACCCAAACUACGUGCCUGCCACAUAUGAAAACGACAUUGCUCUAGUAAAGCUGGAGAAGCUUCCAUUCAAAGAGGAAUGCCUGGAGGACAACCCGGCUGUCAGAGCCGUGUGCGUCCCCUGGACCACUCAACUGUUCCAGCCCAACCACACCUGCAGCAUCUCAGGGUGGGGUCGCACAGCAGAUGGUAGGUCUGCUCAGGUGCUGCUGUGGGCCAACGUGUCGCUCAUCUCCGGCUGUGAAUCUGCCUACGGGGAUCGCUUUAAACCAGGGAUGAUGUGUGCAGGCGACUUGGAGGGCAACGUGGACUCGUGUCAGGGCGACAGCGGCGGGCCUCUGGUGUGUGAGGAUGAGCUCGGGGUGUCCUACCUGUGGGGCAUCGUCAGCUGGGGGGAGAGAUGUGGGCAGCAGGGGUUCCCAGGAGUUUACACACAGGUUGCACACUACUUUGAGUGGAUCCGACUUCACACCGGCUGGUCUGCAGUCACCAGGUUUAAUUCCUAAAUAGCUUCUCAUCGCUGCUGCAGCUCAAACCCAUCACCCUGUUGGAGACUUUUACCCGUUAACCCGAUCCUA